AUGUUAGAUUUCCCCAGAAAUUCCGACGAAAGUUCAAUGAGUAGUGAAACAGCCACCAGUUUUAGCCGUUUAUCUUUCGACCUUCCCACAACCUCGCCGGAGCAGCCGCUAACGCUGAAGCCCCACCGCUCAUCGGAUUCUUCAUUCCAAGCCAUCCGCUCAAAGACAGGGCUGAGCUUCAGGGACUUCAGCUUGGUACACCAGAUCGGCAGCGGAGAUAUCGGCAGAGUCUACCUCUGCCGCCUCCGCGAUGCGGCGGAGGUAGACCGUCUUUACGCCAUGAAAGUAGUGGACAAUGAGGUGCUGGCAUUAAAGAAGAAAACACAGAGAGCUGAGAUUGAAAGAAAAAUCUUGAGACUUUUGGACCAUCCAUUCUUGCCUACACUUUACGCUGAAUUUGAAGCUUCCCGUUUCUCUUGUGUUGUUAUGGAGUAUUGUUCUGGAGGCGAUUUGCAUUCUUUGAGACAUAAACAGCCCCACAAACGCUUCUCUCUCACCUCAGCCAGGUUUUAUGCGGCGGAGGUUUUGGUGGCGCUGGAGUACCUGCACCUUUUGGGUAUAGUCUACAGAGACUUGAAGCCGGAAAAUGUGUUGGUUAAAUCCGACGGUCACAUAAUGCUCACUGACUUUGAUCUCUCCCUUUGCUCUGAUGCAAUCCCAGCCGUUGAAUCUCCUGACUUUUCAUCUGACCCCUUAUCAUCACCGAAAGCAGAUUACAGCUCCCGAAAAUUGUCACCAUUCUCCUGCAUCUCCAACCGUCUGUUCCGGUCAAAGAAGAUUCAGACACUGUCCGGCAACCGGCUGUUCGUGGCGGAGCCGGUCAGCGCUCGGUCAUGUUCCUUCGUUGGGACCCAUGAGUACGUGGCACCUGAAGUAGCCUCCGGUAGAUCCCAUGGUAACUCAGUGGACUGGUGGGCCCUCGGGAUCUUUAUUUACGAAAUGAUUUACGGAAGGACUCCAUUUGCGGGUGCAUCCAAUGAGACUACGCUGCGUAACAUCAUAAAAUCGCCCUUAACGUUCCCUACAGGCGGCCCUUCCGGUUUGUCCGAAAUGCACGCUCGGAACUUAAUUUCCGGGUUGCUCAACAAGGACCCAAGUAAACGACUCGGAUCGAAGCGAGGGGCCGCGGAUAUAAAGUCCCACCCAUUUUUCAAAGGCUUGAAUUUCGCGUUGAUUCGAUCCGUCACGCCACCUGGUGUACCCGGAAUCCGAACAUCCAAAACGUCGUCGUCUCUCGAGAAGAAGGUACUGUUGCAGCAAACGACACCGUUUAAUAUCUUCUGA